AUGCUGGACCGCUAUGUAUUUACUCUCUCUUUUGCAUUUCUGUUCAGCGUAGCUGAGAUGUCUAACAAAGUUGACAGUUUUCCAGCACCGUUCUACAGAGUUUUAAGUCUGGAGAACCCGCCAAUGGAAGGUAAUCUUGCAAGUACUGAUAAUAUUGAUCAAAUUUUUGAGAAAUUAAUUCAGGAGAAUUGAAUCGGAGGGAUCUAUUCACUGCGCCAUUUCUUUACGGGAGAAAGAAUACAGGGGAGAAACUGCCUUUUGAAUACCUUUAGUAUCAGCAUUUUUCUAAAGCGUUCGAGCCUAUGUUCAGCAAGAAGAUGAUUGAUGCUAUAUUUCCAGCGAUUUCUAAUCGCCUUUUCGUAAAGUUAUGAGAGGUAAUCGGAAACCAAAACAAAUUUUACAUAAAUUAGCGAAGAGUCCUAGUUUCAACCUUUAAAUAAAAUAAAAACUAAAGUUGGUUCCUCUUUUUCUUGUGUGGAUUUCUAUGUCUUCCCUUUUCCUUCUACCAAAUUUAACUUCUCGAAAUCUGAGUCCAUAUUUUUUGACAAGAUUGUUUUCUUCCGUGUCGAAUUGUGAGGACACCGCUUUAUCAACAUUGUGCACGGAAUGCGAAUGACCGCAAAACGUUUAAUUUUGAUUUAGUUGGGGAAUUCCUUUUGGGGAACGAUAUAUCCAAAACGUAACGGGAAAUGUGAAACUGCGGGUCUUAAGAGCGUUUAUUUGUUUGUUUGUUUUUUUGUUUGUUUCGAACUCCAAUUGUCGCAUGACUUUUCGCAGUCAUUAUCCUAACUGGUGCGAUACUAGUGUUUCGAUACCUCAUUCAACCAAUUUUCAUCCAUUUAGGGAAAGGAAAAACCAGACGCAAAUCUACUAGGCACUGUUUAUCAAACCUUAUAAGUAGCUUCACUAUCUAGGACUUGCCAAAGUACUAGUUACUCUUAAAACUAGGAGAUUAACAAGCCGACAAGAUGGCUCAAAAGCUUACCACAACAUGCAACCUUCUCUGAAGCCAAGGUUUUCUGGUCGCCCCUUAUCAACUGCUCCCCUCCCCUUUAACUGUUCAUGCUCCAAGGAUAAUACCAACUGCCUUGGCUGUGCAAUUAUUUUAAAUUAAAACAGGAAAAGAUGUUGUGAUCCUACAAAAUCUACUGCCGAGAUCACCAUUUGUGAGGCCCAUCAGCACAAGUGGUGUGUACGAUAGGGAAACCAGUGAGGCUGUAGCCAGCUACCAGAAGGGAAAUGGCUUGCCAAGGUAUAGCUCAAUAAAGAAGAAUCAUGCCACAUUUGGCAGCAAGUAGAUAAGUUUGACUGUUUGUCAAGUAUAAUUGUAACAUGAGCAAUCCAUACACAUCUGUAUGGUUAGUGAAUCAGCUUUUUCUUUUAAGCAAGUGGGAUCGGGAGAGGUAGGUAUGUAGGAAGCUGCAGUCAAUCAAGGGUUGGAGCAUGUGCAAGCAGAAAAAGGUGAUGCUCAGAGGGAAGGGGCAGUAAAGCUAAAAAAAAAUCAGUUUUCCUCUCCUGACCCUGCCUUCUGCUUUUUUUCUUCCCAUGCUUUUCUGCAGUUGUACUUGGCUUGAAGGAAAUAGAUAAGACCAUUGCAUAUAGGCUAAUCAAGAAAUAUGCAUGCAAUUACUCACAUACUGGUGAGGAAAAUGUAACAAAAUGGUUGUGGGUAACUGCCAAUGCCCUAACUUCUCAUCCUGGAAGAGAGGAAGAGAAGCACUAAUCAAGUUGGUUCAUACUCCAGAUGGUUGCGUGAGUUAUUCGUGUGAACACCUGCCCCCUAACCUGAUACCCUAUGGGGAGGUAAUCGGGUAUUCUAGGGUUAGUGACAGUAGGGUGGGGAGAGGGGUCAGACUUUUCAAAGAAAUUUGUAAAAAACUGAAUGGACUUCCAGAGUUACAAGAAAAUGGCCUAAACCAAAAAUCUAGUAAUGGGAUGGAUAUCAAAAAUUUUUUUUUUAACAAUCCACAUUAUGCUUACAUUCAGAUAAGAAUUUUUUUUUUUCACUUAAAUGCAUAACUGCUUAAAUCUAACUAUAUUUUGGAUAUGCAGAUGGUAAAUCAAUUAAACAUGUGAGGCUAGAGAAAAAGCUGUGGUUUUAUCAACUCCUUACCCCAUUGUAUCGUUUUGUAGUUAAACAAUUUGCAAGUCUUGGAUGUAUAAGGUUUUAAUGAACAGAGUCAUAAAACCCACAGAGAACUGAAUGUAAAAAAUUGCCUUUACUUCAGCAAUGGUGUAUUAAAUGCAACAACAGCCUCUCUUGUUCUCAAGCAACUGAUGUAUGACGGAUAUCGAGACGAUCACACUGUGCCUUCAGGGUAUAAAUUUAAGGUAAACAGUAGAACAAAAAAUCAACUUUAUCACUCAAAGGAAAACCCUUCCCUGAUCGAAUGGCUAAAGUUAAGUUUAAGAUCAAGGGUGUUUGUAUAGUCCUCUUUAAAAUGAUAUAUUAUGUAAUAGUGAUCUGGAAACCAUUUAAGAUGUAGUAGAUGAAAGGCAUACUGAUUUUCAAAUUGAUAUAUACAGGUUCAUGUUCCUGUGUACAAAGAUCGGACAAUUGAAACAAAUGCCACUCUUUACGACUCAAAUAACAAGGUGAUGUAGAAUCAACAGAUUGUAAUUUUUAAUAAAGUUACUUUUUGAUUGUCAAUAGUCUUUAAUUUGUUGGACAGAGAAAUUUUUAGUGAAAUUUUUAGUUUUCAAUCAAUUACCAUAAUAUACAAAUCUGCAAAUUAAAUUACUAAACAAAAAUAUUUUUUCUCAAAUGCAGGUCUUGUACACAUUUCGCGCACGUUGCCAUGGUGCCAUGAAUGCUGCUGGCAAAGAUAUAAAUCAGCUUACAAGGAAUGGAAAUACUCCAACUGGACUUGUGGUACAAAUUCCUUAUUUAAAUUUUCCAUCCCAGUUUUUUUUUUUAUCAUUGUCAAUGUAGUAUUACAGUACAGUGUCUGACAUUAUGUGAAUAUUUAUCUAUUUUUUACAAUAAUAGACAUUUGACCUCAACAGUCCUGAGCCAGACCCAAAAUCAUUUGGCCCGUGAGUACUUAAGUAUAUUUUCAAAUUAUUUUAAUAGAAUAAAUGGGAGUCAACAUUAGCAUUGUGAACCUUUUUGUUUUCAUUUCAAAUUAAUUUACUUGUGUUCUUGUAAAAUCCUUCAUUAUUGGCAACUAUAAGCCCCAUUACCUUUAAACCCUUAGACUAGGGUACAAUAUCACCCCUGAAUCAAACAUUUAGGUUACAAGAAUAAAGGAAAUGGUCACCAAUAAAACAAACUCUUGAUUUUUAAACAAAUUUUCCUUGUCAGCACCUUAGGAAAUGUAUAGAGAUCAGUUUAGAGAUUUUGCAACUGAUUAAAGGGUGUAAAGGGUAAAAAAAUGCUCACAGGUGUGAACCUGUUUUUAUCAGUCAUUAUGAUGAAACAAAAUGUUAUUUCCUUUGUGUUUAGGUAUCCUGUCAUAAGAGCAGUCAAAGGUCUAAAAGGUAACCAAAAUAUAUUUUUACACGAAGGGUGUGUGGGGGGGUGGGGGGGGAGGUGUGGCAUUGAGAUCCACAGGGGUCUAACAUUCUCCUUAAAUUCCAUUAUUCCAAUAUUUUUUCACCAGAUCAUCCUAAUCCCACCCACAUUUCCUUCUAAAAGUUUGAUUUUUCUUGAAAUUUUUCCACUCAACGUCCCAUAUCUUAGUACUUUUAAUCAUAAUUUGUAAUUGCUACUUUGAAAAGUUUCCAAAUGGGAAGUCCCUUGAUAACUUCAAUGUCAAUCCUUGUUUCCCCUUCUCCCAAAAUUCUGAAAGCUAGGCUUUAAAUUAGCUUUAAAUUCUAUUAGAACCCUUAAAGAACUGAGUGAGGAAAAAUUUUCAUCUUUACUACUUUUUCAAUAUUGUUUAGACAACUGCCAUUUAGAAAUCACAGGCUUGACUCGUUCAUGUUUCAUUAAAACUUAAUAAUGAUUGGAAAGUUUUAAGUUAAUUAGAAACUUGACUUUUAAUGGCUUGGCCAACAGGAAAUGCUGCAAUUGGUAAAAACAAAGAUGACACCUUUCUAAGUGACUACAGGAGUGGAAUUUUAAUGCACACUGGAGAGUGGGAUCAUUGGAAUCCAUCUGAGCCUAUGCCUAACAGGUUAGGCCACAACUAUUUUAUGAAAACUUUUGACUUCCAAGAUCUGAAAAACAAUUCUCUUAGUGGUCUUCCCAACAUUUUUUAUCUUAGAGGCUAUGAGAAUUUGAUGAAAGAUCAACUAAUUCAUAAUGUUUAUCCUUCUUUGUCUCACCAUCUUUUGAAUGAUUUUUGAAAAAAUUUGGUCUUCUUACAUCUCUUCCAAACUCAGAGAAAGAGGCAAAAGUAGGGAACAUAAACUCUGCAAAUUCCAGAGACAUUUAAACCAUCCCUUCUUCAUUUUGCCAAUGAUUUCACCUUUAGAUGGACUAUUUGGAUAGAGAAAGACUUUAUCAAGUUCCAUUUCAAAUCUCAUUGCCCUUUUUAUGUAUUUUUCUACUUCAACAGUCAUGGAUGCAUACACGUGCACCCAACAGACUUGAAAAACAUUGAUGAUAUCCUUGUACACAAGCUGGGUGUGGUUAUACACAAAAAUCCUUUUGAAGAGAACCCAUACCCCUAUGUACCUCAAGGCAUUCUAUCUGUUGAGCAAAUUGGCUGA